AUGAAGAAAAAAAACAUUUUAUCAGAUCUUGUUAAAUCAUUCUGUGACUUGAAUAAUUUUAAAUUGCCAAGUGACCCAAAAGUUCUAGAAACUAUUCUUCUCCAACCAUUUUGUAUAAAGAUCCCUAUUGAAUCUGAAGUAUAUGAGCAAUGGAAAAGGGAAAUAAUUGACAUCAAUAUUGAUGAUUAUUUUGUUAAUGGUGAUCUAUCAGGUUCUACAGCAGCUGAAUUUAGUGCAGAGUGUGUACAUGCUCUUUCUAGAAGAAUGGAAGGUUCAGAAUUUCGUCUUAUCAGCAAAUUUGAUAAUAUUGUUAUCAAUAUUUGGGAAACUUUAAAGACAUAUCAAUCUUUAGCUAUUGACAUUAACCGAAAUGUUAAAGAUCCAUCAGGGAUUACAAUUGAUUCUUUACAACCAGAUGUACUUGUAUGGGUUCAAGAUGCAUUGGUUUUCAAAGCAGAAAAAAAGAAGGAUGGUAAUUUUAGUGUAGUAAUGGAGGAAUUAAGGGAUAAAAUGAAGGAUUGGAAUUUGGUAUCAUGUGGAAAUCUUCCUUAUAUUCUCUCAUAUGGUGCAGUAAAGGAAAAUCUUCAAUUCUUUGCCAUUACUAAAGAUUCCAAUUUGAUGUCAAUUUCACCUCGCUAUAAUAUUUCUACAUUUGCUGGUGCAGCAACCCUACUUCCAGAAGUUCCAUUUCCCUUCUUAAAAACUUUUGAUAGACAAAGUGGUGCAUCUAUUACAUUUGUCUCAAGUGAUCAUAUCCAAAAAAAAAUAAAGAAUUUUGAAGAUUAUAUUUACAGUGACAUAGAAACUUUACAAGAAGUUUAUAAAAUAAUUGAAUCAUACAGCAACCAAAAAGAUAUUCAAGAAUUAAAAACUGCAAUAUAUCAAAUACUUAAGGUCCUUGAGAUUGUUUAUGAUUCAGGUUAUGUACAUCGAGAUUUGAGUUGGGAAAAUAUUUGGAAAGAUAGCCAUGGAAGAUUCAUUGUUGGUGACUGGGAACAUUCUGGAAGGUUGGACAAUAUUCCAAAAUUUGUUAUUCAAUGGUGGGCACCAGAAUUACAUAAUACACCUACAUCACCAUAUACAGACAAAGCAGAUAUAUAUCUUGUUGGAAAUUUGCUAAAUACAUUGGAUGUAUUAUUAUCAAAUGAAGCAGUAGCAUUCUGUUCACUCUUGAUGAAAAAUAACCCAAAUGAACGUCCCUCUGCUGUAAAUGCUUUGCAGCAUCAUUCAGAUCAAAAAAAUGAAACGUUAACAACAACACCAUCAUCUAAUGAUGAAAAUAGUGAAAUAGCAUGUCCAAUGUGUACGUUUUUGAAUCAUUCUAGUAUGAUUAGAUGUGAGAUUUGUGAUGCAGAAUUAGAAACUUUUAAUAAAGCAAAUAUUGAUAAUGCUGUAGAGUUAUCAAGAAUUAAAAGCAGCGGUGGACCUAAUCCAGAUUUUAUUAAAUUGGCAUUUCGUGGUGGAGGUGCUAGUGUUUUUUAUGAUAAAUUAAAAAUCGCAAUAUCUACAAAAGAAUGGGAGAAAUCAGAUGACCAAUCAACAUCAAAAUCAACAUCAGCACUUGGAACUGUUCAUAGUGGAAUUAAACAAGAAGAAACUUUAAAUCAAGCCUUUAAAGAUCUGGAUGGAUUGAUGGCAAAAGCAGCAGAAAUGGUUACACUUGCAGAAACUAUAAGUAAUAGAUUGAAUAAAGAAUCACAAGAUUCAGAGGAAUCAUCAGCAGAUGAAACUUUAAAUUUCAGAACAUAUAUGUUAGAAUUGGGUAUUCCAAAUCCAGUGACAAAAGAUUCUGCAGGAUCGAUCUAUCAUAAAGAAUUAGCAAAAUGUGAUUAA